AGGUAGGCGGAGCGGCAGCAGCAGCAGGCGGCCCACUCUCUGGCUCUCAGCUCCAGCUGAAGAUCCGCAGGGCCCGAGAUGCAGCGCAACACCCUACCCCUCGCUCAUAUCAUGACUUCUAACACCUUUUUUUUGUUUUAGUUUCAAAAUGACGAGGCCGACGUGAGCCGCACCCCGUUCUCGCGGUCCGUCCGCCUGCACCGAGGAGAGUGCGCACUCUUUUCUGGCCUUUAUUUUUUAUUUUUUUACCCAAAGGGCAAAGCGCCAAGAUAUUUUUUUUUUCAAUUGCUGCAGUGAUAUUAUAUUCUGGUUUUUUGGGGAUUACUUUAAAGGAGCCAUGACGACGGGACAGGAUGAAAGUUCAGUCCGCGUGGCGCUGAGGAUCCGUCCUCAGCUGCCCAGGGAGAAGAUCGAGGGAUGUCACAUCUGCACAUAUGUGAUGCCUGGAGAGCCACAGGUCAUCCUGGGGAAGGACAAAGCCUUCACCUACGACUUUAUGUUCGACAUGGACUCCCAGCAGGAGGCCAUCUAUUCCACCUGCACAGAGAAGCUGAUCGAGGGCUGCUUCGAGGGUUACAACGCCACCGUGUUUGCAUACGGACAGACAGGAUCGGGGAAGACGUACACAAUGGGGACCGGCUUCGAUGUCAACAUCACAGAGGAGGAGCUGGGCAUCAUUCCUCAUGCUGUCCAUCACCUCUAUAAGGGCAUCGAGGAGCGCCGCCAGGCAGCUCAGGAGCAGGGGCGUCCCGUACCGGAGUUCAAGAUCAACGCACAGUUCCUCGAGCUUUAUAAUGAGGAGGUCCUGGACCUGUUUGACUCCACACGCGACAUGAAGCAGAAGUCUAACAUUAAGAUACAUGAAGACGCCAACGGGGGAAUCUACACAGUCGGAGUGACCACCCGGACUGUGUCCUCAGAGGCUGAGAUGAUGCAGUGCCUAAAGCUGGGGGCUCUGUCUCGCACCACAGCCAGCACUCAGAUGAAUGUCCAGAGCUCCCGAUCCCACGCCAUCUUCACCAUCCACCUGUGCCAAGUCCGCGUCUGUGCCUCUGACAAUCAGGAAAGUGAGAAAGAUAAUAAAGAUUCUAAUGGAAACGGUGAGAUGGAUGAAUAUGAGACCCUGACUGCCAAGUUCCACUUUGUGGACCUGGCUGGUUCUGAGAGACUGAAGAGAACUGGAGCAACGGGAGACCGAGCCAAAGAGGGCAUCUCCAUCAACUGUGGACUGCUCGCGCUGGGGAAUGUAAUCAGUGCUUUAGGCGACCGAAGCAAGCGGGCUUCUCAUGUGCCUUACCGAGACUCCAAACUGACCCGACUGCUGCAGGACUCAUUGGGAGGAAACAGCCAAACUGUAAUGAUUGCGUGUAUCAGCCCAUCUGAUCGUGACUUUAUGGAAACCUUGAACACAUUAAAAUACGCCAAUCGAGCCCGAAACAUCAAGAACAAGGUGAUGGUGAACCAGGAUAAAGCCAGCCAGCAGAUCAGUGCUCUGAGGACAGAGAUAGCACGGCUGCAGAUGGAGCUGAUGGAGUACAAGACGGGGAAACGUCUGGUGGGAGAGGACGGCGUCGAGAGUUUCAGCGACAUGUUCCACGAGAACUCGAUGCUGCAGACUGAGAACAGCAACCUGAGAGUGCGAGUCAAAGCCAUGCAGGAGACCAUCGAUGCUCAGAGGGCCCGCCUCACCCAGCUGCUCAGUGAUCAGGCUAACCAGGCUCUCUCCAGAGCGGGUGAAGGAGGCACAGAGGAAAUCGGAAACAUGAUUCAGAGUUACAUCAAAGAAAUAGAGGUUCUGAGGGCCAAACUGCUGGAGAGCGAAGCUGUGAAUGAGAAUCUGAGGAAGAACCUGUCCCGCGCCUCCACACGGCAGUCCUUCUACGGAGGGCCCGGCUCCUUCUCCAACGCACUGUUGGCCCCUGAGAAGGAGACGGCAGACAUCAUUGAACUUGCUAAAAAAGACCUGGAGAAACUGAAGAAGCGGGAGAAAAAGAAAAAGAAAAGCGCAAACAAAGAGGAACUUCCCGACAACGAGCAGGAAAAGGCCAGUGAGAAAGAAAUGGCUGAAGGGCUCAACGAAGAGACGGAAAUGGAUGUGCAAGACACCAGUGAUCAUGAGGACGGAGAGGAGGAGGAGGAAGAAGAGGAAGAGGAGAUUGAUGUGGAGGAGAGCUCUGAUGAUUCUGACUCUGAGUCGGAUGAAAAAGAGAACUAUCAGGCGGAUCUGGCCAACAUCACGUGUGAGAUUGCCAUCAAGCAGAAGCUCAUCGACGAGCUGGAGAACAGCCAGCGGCGUCUGCACACGCUCAAACAGCAGUACGAGCAGAAGCUGAUGAUGCUGCAGUGCAAGAUCAGGGAUACGCAGCUGGAGAGGGAUCGAGUGCUUCACAACAUGAGUUCUGUGGAAAGCGGUACUGAGGACAAGGCUCGUAAAAUGAAAGCCGAAUAUGAAAAGAAGCUGAGCGUGAUGAACAAGGAGCUCCAGAAGCUGCAGUCUGCUCAGAAGGAACACGCCCGCCUGCUGAAGAACCAAUCACAUUAUGAGAAACAGCUGAAGAAGCUGCAGCUGGAUGUGACGGAAAUGAAGAAAACAAAGGUUCGUCUUAUGAAGCAAAUGAAGGAGCAGCAGGAGAAAAACCGGCUGAAUGAGUCGCGCAGGAACAGAGAAAUAGCCUCUUUGAAAAAGGACCAGCGAAAGCAAGAGCAUCAGCUGAAGUUACUGGAGGCUCAGAAAAAGCAGCAGGAGCUCAUUCUGAGGAGAAAGACGGAGGAGGUGACUGCUCUGAGAAGGCAAGUCAGACCCACUUCGGGCAAAGUGGUUCGGAAAGUCAACCUCCCAGAGUCCGCCCAGGACCCGACUCACCGCUCUCCAUCUGGACGCAUGUAUUCUUCCAGCAACACUGCUUCCAACGGCACAUGGUCGUCUUACAGGCGCACAGCUGGUGUUUAUUCCACCAGGGUCGCUCGUAAUAAAUGGCAGACCCUGGAGCGGCGAAUUUCUGACGUCAUAAUGCAGAGGAUGACCAUCUCCAACAUGGAGGCCGACAUGAACCGUCUCCUUAAGCAAAGGGAGGAGCUGACGAAGCGUAAGGAGAAGGUCAUCAGGAAGAGGGACAGGCUCCUGAGAGAGGGACUGGAGGCCGAGAAGACGGUGCUUCCCCUCAAUGAGGAAGUGGACGCGCUGACCGCCAACAUCGAUUACAUUAACGACAGCAUUGCGGACUGUCAAGCCAACAUCAUGCAGAUGGAGGAAACCAAGGAGGAAGGCGACACGGUGGACGUCUCUGCUGUGAUUGGAUCUUGCACUCUGGCUGAAGCUCGUUUCCUGCUGGAUCAUUUCAUGUCCAUGGCGAUUAACAAGGGUCUGCAGGCAGCUCAGAGGGAGUCUCAGGUGAAAGUGAUGGAGGGCCGGUUGAAGCAGACGGAAAUCACCAGCGCCACACAGAACCAGCUGCUGUUUCAUAUGCUGAAGGAGAAGGCCGAGUUCAACCCAGAGCUGGAUGCUUUGCUGGGAAAUGCUCUUCAAGAGCUAGGUAACAUCCCCAUUGAAAAUGGGGACGAUAGCAGCAGUGACGAGUCUGCCCAAAGCCCCUCAGCAGAAGGAACAACAUUAGCAUCCGACCUUAUGAAACUUUGUGGGGAGACCAAAUCAAGAAGCAAGGCCCGCAGGAGGACCACUACUCAGAUGGAGCUUCUGUAUGCAAACAGUGACUCGGCCCCCGAUGCUCCCGCUGACUUCUCCACUCCGAUGCUGCCUUUGGCUGAAACUCCAGAUGGAGGAGGACUUGAUAUUGACUUGUCAGGCCCAUCAGUCAGAGACUACACGGCUCUUUCCCCUGGCUUUUCUUCUAAAAUGGGCAGCAUUUCUGGCUCCAGAACCGUUUCGGGUUUUGGGAAGCGAACCCCAGAGCCGUCCCCACUCUCUCGCAGGAAGACCUAUGACAAGGCGCAAGCAGCGGCUGACAGGGCAAAGGUCAAGGAGAUGAAACAGGGAGUUAUCAACCCGGUGCCGUCCACUAAGAGCAGCCGCUCGGCGACGCUGCAGUGCGUUCACGUGGCGGAGGGACACGGUAAAGCUGUCCUGUGUGUUGACUGCACCGACGACCUUCUGUUCACUGGAUCCAAAGACCGGACCUGUAAAGUGUGGAAUCUGGUGACGGGUCAGGAGAUAAUGUCUCUGGGAGGCCACCCUAACAACGUGGUGUCUGUGCGCUACAGCUCCAGCUUAGUCUUCACCGUCUCCACCUCAUACAUCAAAGUGUGGGACAUCAGGGACUCGGCCAAGUGCAUCAGGACUCUGACGUCCUCUGGUCAGGUCAACCUCGGGGACAUCUGUGCUUCCAGUACAAGUCGGACAGUCACCAUCCCCUCAGGAGAAAACCAGAUCAACCAAAUAGCUCUCAAUCCCAAUGGGAUAGUGCUGUACGCUGCAGCUGGAAACUCUGUGCGGGUGUGGGAUCUGAGAAGAUUCGCUUCCACUGGAAAACUAACGGGUCACCUGGGUCCUGUAAUGUGUCUGACCGUGGAUCAGUCUGGAAGCAACCAAGACUUGGUGAUCACCGGGUCCAAGGACCAUUACAUUAAGCUGUUUGAUGUGAGUGAAGGCUCUCUGGGGACCAUCAGCCCUAUGCACAACUUUGAGCCCCCCCACUACGAUGGCAUCGAGUCCCUGGUGGUCCAGGGGGACAAUUUCUUCAGCGGUUCUCGGGACAAUGGAAUCAAAAAGUGGGAUCUGGAUCGCAAAGAUUUGCUGCAGCAAGUCCCCAAUGCUCACCGUGACUGGGUUUGCGCCUUGGGCAUCGUCCCCUGCUCCCCGGCACUGCUGAGUGGCUGCAGAGGAGGGGUGCUGAAGCUCUGGCACACGGACACACUGGGGCCCCUGGGGGAGCUUAAGGGUCAUGAGAGCCCCAUUAACAGCAUCGCUACGAACAGCAGCCACCUGUUCACAGCAUCUGACGACCGCACAGUGAAGAUCUGGCGAGCCCGCGGCGGCCUGGACAGCACCGUGGAGGCCGUGGACAAUGCAGAUGAGGUGGCCAGUAACUAGGAGCUCUAAGGUUUUGACGGUGAUGCUCCUGCUCUGCACUUUGACCUCAGACUUCUUAAUCAGACGCUCACCGUCCAGACUUCCCAAUCUGUGACUGAACCCAAACAUGCCGAGUAAUCCCAUCUCACCAGAACCUAUUGAAGCACCUUUUAGUUCUUCUUCUGGUAUUUUUUUUUUAUUUCAUGGUUCGGUGCAGCUUGGUUUAUGUUUCCAGCUGUAUGAACUGGAACUCUACGGAUGCGUCCUGAUCCUGUUGGUGAGCAGUCAUUCGAAAUGCUGAGCUCAUUCUCUACCACGAGGAGCAGCUGAUCCCACCCGUACCCAGAGGAUUCUCUAUCGCAGAGAAAAAUGAAGCUUGAAGAGCCAUGUUGAAUUAUACCAUGGAAUGGAAAAGUGCCAUAGAUUCUGAACAGUCACUCCGUCUGCAGUACAGGAAGGCAUAUUUCUGCCUGUGCUGUGGAAGAUUAACCACAAGAAUCCCUCGUAUUUAUUAAACCCACUUCAAUAGGCUGCACAACUCUGCAUAUUCGGUUGGUAAGCAGAGAAAAGCAUGAAUCUUGUUGUGUUCCCAGAUUUAGGAAGAACUGUUUCUAAAAUCUGUGGGAAGAAAAGAUAUCAAAGUAUGGAGUGGAAUUUGUUCCAUUAUUAUUCCAAGCAAAGAACAAGUUUCGUAAAUCAAAACUUAAAAAAAAAAAAUACUCUUAAAAAAAUUAAUCUUUGAAGAACUUCUUUCUCAAAAGAAAGAGUUCAGAGUAGCUUUUCAAUUUUUUUCAACUUGCAUUUUACAAUUCACUAUCUUUUGACUUUAAGCCCAACUCAAACGUUUUUUCUAUGCGCAAAUUGACCAAUAAAAAUGUUGAUGCUGACCUCCAUGCAGACAAAUGGAGAUGCGUCUUUGCAGCUCACUCCAACAGAAAGCCCGCCCCCAGAGGGGAAGAUAAUUUGCUGUUUCUCAAUUCACAAGAACGCGAGUGCAGACUCGUGUUCUUACCACGUAUGUUCUUGACGUCACAAGAAGCGUACUUGUGACAUCACCACAUGCUCGACUCGUCUGGAGCUGCAUUUCACCUCCUGUUAUUAAUAGUCUGUACAUAAUAAUAAAUUCUUACCUUUUUCAAUUAGUGGGGGAAUAAUAAUAAAGACACAGUCGGAUAAACACAAAUCAAAUGAAUGUUUUGCCAAAUAAAAAAAAAUUACUCAUUAAAUCACUAAAUGAGUGAUAUAGUUUAAGCUUAAAGUAUAAUAUUCUCGCAUCAAAUGAACGUACUUUUAAGAACGGCAACAGAAAAUAGAUCUUAUAACUUAAUACUCUGAGCUCAGUAAGUGCUCCUUUGGAAGCUGCUGCUGCCGCAGUGCAUGCUGGGGCAGCUGUCAAUCUCAAGAAUGGACAAGUCUGCUCUGAGCAUGCUGGGUAAAAAGGGAGGGGCAGGAACAACAUGUGGGGACUUUUUCUGUUCUCCCACUUGUGUUCUUCUGAAUUGGAACAGUACUAUGGCUGAGGCUGAUGAUGUUUCACGAGUACACAUGAGAACGCACAAGUGCACAUAUUGUGAAACGGCCAAUGUGAUCUGGAAAACAGUUUGAAAAGAAUACAGUUUGUACAAUUCAAUCUAAAAAAGAUAAAUUUGAAAUAGAAAAAAUUUAAUAUCUUUAAAAAAAAUUGAUGAAAAGGCAUGUAUUACAAUAAUGUAAUAUAUAAAUAAAACGGAAAUAAAAAGCCUUGAGAAAAAAAUGUAAUUUGUACAAACAAAGUUGCUUUUUCAGAUUUUCAUUUCAGGAUUGCAUUUAAUUUUUAUUUCUAUUUAUAAAUACUUUUCUUUGCCUGAAACGAUAAUGGAGUCAAGUUGUCCAUAAAGCAGAGAGGAACUGGAAAGAUGCUGCAUCUUUUCCUCUUAUUUCUGCUGUUUUGUUGCAGCUUUAGUCCAGGAAGCAAACCUGUGCAACCUUUAUUCUUGCCAGUAGUUGUGAAGAUGUUUCCCCUUCAAACCACAUCAACCUUCAAAGGGCUUCAGUUCAGUAAUUCAUCAUGUCUCUUUUAUCAUUUGUUGAUUGGCAGGAUUUUAUGCAUUUUUCUUUUUGCUCAUUUUUAUUAUGUUUUCAAACAUUUUAAUCUGCCAAAAUUUCUAGCCAGUUACAAAUUCUCUAAAAAAAAAAGAUGGUAGAGAACAUGAUUUAAAGUUUUUUGUGUUUGUUUUUUUUUUUUUCUAGCCUUCCUGCUGUGAUUUGUCACUUUAGGACACUAAAUUCUUUAAGUUCCCUCAUUAUACUGGCUUUAGCAUCUUUUGUAUAGCAAAAGCACAGUCAGCAUGGCUAGCAUUCCUAAAAACAGACUACAUUAAUAUAUCUAUGAAACAUAAUUUACCUUAGCUGGUAUUUCCUAGAAGCCUCCAACAUGUUCCAUCACAGAUGUUCUACAACAGAAGAUAAAAGAGGAACUUGUCUGAGAAGUAUACAUUUUUUCUGUUACCUGCUGAAACUUUCCUAGAGCCUGAACAAACGGCAAAUAGCUAAAACAGCUAAAUAGCUUAUCCGGUUUCAUUUAUAAAAGUUUUCUACGUCUGUUUACCGGUUAAUUUAAACCAACACUAAAGUGCAGAUUAGAGUUCUGCGUUAUAUGUAGCUUACGUCUGGUCGCGAACCAGUUUUGCUGGUAUGCUUCUGCACCGUCGGUCUGGAGUUUCUAGGGAUGCACAACAGUUUCCCGCCAAAGCGCAAGGGGGGCCUAUUCGAGAAGUCGCGAGAACUUUGGCAGAUAGUCACGGGAACUUCGGCGGCGCAAGCGGGACUGUUUUUCUUCCAAAAACAACAAUGGCGCGUCUGCAAGAUAUCACGGUCACGGAGAUAGAUCUAGAGUUGCUAGACAUCAAAGAGGAAAAGGUUCUGUUAAUGGAGUUGGUAAAAAGGCCGAUUAACCUUUCGUUAUAGUCGUUCAGUGUAGUAGUUCCUCGGUUUUUAAAAAUGGCACGCCCCGGCACAGAAUCGAGAAGGACGACCACACAGACAGCUGGAAAGGCAUACUAAGGACCAAUCACAGCUGCUUUUUGUCUGCACACUUGAGGUCCGUCCAGGUUUGCGACCGUCCAAUGUGUAGUCAGGAUUUUUUUGAGGUGCGUGACAACGGUUGCAGAACCUGUGCGGGGGGGCCAUGGUCGCGCACAGAGACAGAUUUGACGGCUGCAGAGGCUAUGCAUCAGAAGCAUAAAUUGGCUUUACAAGCUGCAUUGCUGUCUCUGUGUGAUGAUGCCGCGCCCCAAUCAUAGAGAACUUUGGUCAACUGCUCCUCUGUCUUGGCUGAAGGAGCUGAUUCAUUUCUCUGUGCAUAUCUAAACAAGCUGGUCCCAUUUUAACUUCUUUAUGGUCUGUUUGAUGUCCUCCGACAUGAGGAACUGUUCCUUUAGCACUUGAACACUUGUAAAAUAAAUAACAAUUAAGCUUUGAAACUAACGCAAUCCUUAAAUGUGAGCAGGUUUAACCUCGGAGGGAACCGCACCACCUCUCGUGUGACAAUCUUUCUCCACUAUGAUCCCACGGCACUAAAUUUCCACCCCUUUUGCUGCUAACGUCUAUGCUAACUUUCUUCUCGAGGUUUUGUUGUUGUUAUGGACUCCAGGCGAGCUCUACCUAGUAUCAUAGCUCCACUUCUUGUAUGUAUGUAUUUGUCAUUUAUUUUUUUUAAGAGCGUCGGUGUCGUCCAGCUCACUGCAUCAUCAAAUGUUUUUCCCCCACUUCUGAUACUUGUGGUUUCUCUGUAAUCGAUCUUGCUUAUGAAUGUUUGAUGAAAGUAGCUGUACACACCGUGGAAUUUCAUGUCUGUUUAUGAUGCUGCAUAAAUUCAAAUGUGACUGAAUGUUAGCUUUGGUGGCCAUGGAUCUGGAUCCGGUCUCACAGUUGACCCAGGAGGACCAACUGGCAGCAUUAAGGCUCCGAAGAGUUUGCCUCUUUUUUCUGUUUUUUUAUUUUAAUUUUAUUACGCUUUCUUUAGUAGCCAUUAGCGAAAUGGCGAACUGUAGCGAUUCUAAUGUCAGAUGCCUGAUGAGAAUAAAUGCCAUCUGUCAAAAACUGC